UUUUUUCUCUACUAGCAGGCAACUGGGUCAGUUGGCUGGGAGGAAAGGGUCAGGGAUGUUUGAGUUGGACACUGGAAUCUCAGGUUGUUCCCUGGCCGGGGGGCACACUAGCCAACAGGCUUUUCCUGACCAGUCAGGCUCAGCCAUCUGAGACAGGGACAGAAUCACAUCUGAGAGGGAGGUCUACGUGCUGAAAACAGUUCAACUACUCUAAUCUCUGCAGCGAGUGUCCAACUGUGCAGUGUUCCCUCUUGGAUGACAAUGGCUCUACAAGGCACUGCAGGCCUCUUCCACCAGGCCUUCAGCUCUCUUCUGAAUUCUGGUGGGCCAGUGGGGCCCUGAGCUGCUGCAAAGUAGGGGCAGAGAGUGAGGUUAUGGCAUGAUCCCAGCCAAGGUCUCUGAGGAAAAGUCUGUGAAAACCGAGUUCCAGAGGACAGGGAAGGGCCUUUGGUGAUCCUGGGAUGGUUAUUUUCAAACUCUGUCUUGUGAUGGGUCUCAGAGAACACAACCUGGCCUGCAGUCUCCAUUCGCUUCUCCGCUGGCGGUCUAUGUGUCUCUUUCUUUCCUCCUGGGCUCGUGGCAAACCCCUAUUGCAUUGCUUGAGUUCUGACAGAAAGACCUGCCCUCGCUGCCCCGUGCCUAACUAAGCCUUGGGCUUUCCAAAGCUGACCGGUGUCCCCAGGACUCGCGUAGCUCCGCCCUGCACUGGGAUAGCUCCGGAGCCCUAAAUCCAGGAGGUUAAUGGAAGGGCGAGCUUUGGCCCCUCCCAUUUGGAGGGCGUGGAUCAGAGGCCCCGCCCCAGAUCCCGCCCAUUUCACCUGACUCUAAGGACGCUGCCGUGUUAGUUGCCCGGCACUGAGCGAGCGGCUGCUACGGUCCACGCUUCUUACUCAGCUCCAACUUGAUCCCACCGCAGUCAUGCCUCGGGGAAGCCGCAGUGCGGCUGCCAGGCCGGUCAGCCGCCCAGCCCCGCCUCCUGCGCACCCACCACCCUCAGCGGCCGCCCCGGCACCUGCCGCUCCCGGCCAGCCGGGUCUUAUGGCUCAGAUGGCAUCCACCGCCGCAGGCGUAGCCGUGGGCUCAGCUGUAGGGCAUGUCAUGGGUAGCGCCCUGACCAGUGCCUUCAGUGGGGGAAAUUCAGAGCCUGCCCAGCCUGCCGUCCAGCAGGCCCCUGCCCGGCCUGCCUCUCACCCCCUGCAGAUGGGGCCCUGCUCCUAUGAGAUCAAGCAGUUCCUGGACUGCUCCACCACUCAGAGCGACCUAACCCUGUGUGAGGGCUUCAGCGAGGCCCUCAAACAGUGCAAAUACAAUCACGGUCUGAGCUCCCUGCCCUGAAGAGGCUGUGGGCCUGCUCAUCGCCUAACCCCUCACCGACAGCUUGAUGGAAAGGAGAGGUUCCAUGUGACUGGGAGUAAGGAAGGAUCGUUCUCACCCCGCAGACUAACAGGAGACAUAAUUAUUCAAUUAAAAAGUUUACUUUAGACCACAGCC